GCCGGGUCUAAAAACUAGUGUUUUUUGAGCUCUAAACCCGAACCUCCAAGUGAACUAAAACUCUAAAUUUUGCAAAUCAAAAACCCCGACGAGGCGACGACCACGCUCUUCCAACCAACAACCCAAAUCCCAAAGAGAAGAAAAGAAAAAUGACAAGAGGAACAAUACCUGAUAGAUGGUCAAUGAGGCUUCUCUGGGUUUGUGCUCUUGGAAGUGCAGUUGGAUUGUACAUGGUUGCUGUGGAAAGGCAAAUGCAGAAUAGAGAUAAAAUGAUGGCUGAAUUGGGUUCUCUCGAAUCGAGUGGCGACUCCGGUGAGGAUGAUUGAGCAAGAAAUGGGGGAGAAUGUGAAUCUUGAAGUUGUUAGUUUAAGUAUGCACUUGAAAUUUCACUCUUAAGCCCUGGUUUUUUGGUGUACCAUUUUUUUUUAUGCUUCAUAUUUGAGGCUAUGUUGAGUAAGGAUUCAAUGUUUACAUGAGUAGAAAGAUGUAGGAUUUUCUGAGGCUAAUAAACCUUUUACUCUCUCCCAAUUGCAAAACAA